AUGAACAAGAUGAAGAACUUUAAGAGGCGUUUCUCUCUAUCCGUUCCUCGCACCGAGACCAUUGAAGAGAACGAGUUCACAGAGCAGAUUAACCAGCUCAACAUCAGACACACUCAGGCUGUCAUACAUGCAAGCCUGGCUCCAGACAGUCUAGUUCCCCAGUCUGAGGAUGUCAGUCCAGUGAGCCCUGAGCCAGCCACACCAGGAGACCAGUCGCCCUCUCAGCUUCACUACCGCAACAAGGCCCAGCACAGACGCUUCUCCAUGGAGGAUGUCAGCAAACGCAUGUCUCUGCCAAUGGACAUCCGCCUGCCUCCAGAGUUCCUCAAGAAACUGCAGCUGGAGAAUGAAAACUCACCGCCCUGCAAGCCUCUCAGUCGCAUGUCUCGACGCGCCUCACUGUCUGACAUAGGCUUUGGAAAACUGGAGACCUACGUGAAAUUGGGCAAACUGGGUGAGGGGACAUAUGCCACAGUGUUUAAGGGGCGGAGCAAACUAACAGAAAACCUGGUGGCUCUGAAGGAAAUCCGGCUGGAGCACGAGGAGGGAGCACCUUGCACGGCUAUCAGAGAGGUGUCUCUACUUAAAAACCUGAAACAUGCAAACAUUGUCACGCUGCAUGAUAUCAUCCACACGGACCGCUCCCUCACUCUGGUGUUUGAGUACUUGGACAGUGACCUUAAGCAGUACUUGGACAACUGCGGCAACCUAAUGAGCAUUCACAACAUCAAGAUCUUCAUGUUCCAGUUGCUGCGUGGUCUGUCCUACUGUCAUAAGAGGAAGAUCCUCCACAGAGACCUCAAGCCUCAAAACCUUCUGAUAAAUGACAAGGGAGAGCUCAAACUGGCUGACUUUGGUCUGGCAAGGGCCAAGUCUGUUCCCACCAAGACCUUCUCCAACGAGGUGGUGACACUAUGGUACCGACCCCCUGAUGUGCUCCUGGGCUCCACAGAGUACUCCACACCCAUCGAUAUGUGGGGUGUGGGCUGUAUCCUUUAUGAGAUGAUGACAGGCCGUCCCAUGUUUCCUGGAGCCACUGUAAAAGAGGAGCUACAGUUGGUCUUCAGACUCAUGGGGACUCCGACAGAAGAAACUUGGCCAGGGAUCGGCACUAAUGAAGAGUUUAGGUUUUAUCUUUUCCCUCAGUACAAAUGUCAGCCCCUUAUCAACCAUGUGCCCAGGUUGGACACGGAGGGGAUCGACCUGCUGUCUGCUCUACUGUUGUAUGACACCAGGGGCAGAAUCUCUUCCGAAGCUUCGCUACAUCAUCCUUACUUCCUGAGCCUGGGGGAGAGCAUCCACAGUUUGGCAGACACUGCCUCAGUGUUUUCUCUCAGGGAGAUCCAGCUCCAAAAGGAUCCAGGCCACCGCAGCUCAGUUUUCCAGCCUCCAGGUCGAGGGAAGAACCGAAGACAAAGCAUCUUCUAGAAAGCCGG